AUGGAUGAUAAAGUUAAUAAGCCAGGAGCUAAUCCAAGGACUCAUUCUAGAAGCUCCUCUUUGUUGGAGAUUAUCUUUGGCCCACAGAUUAAAGAUGUUAUCAAUGAGACAAACGAAUUGCCUGAACCUAUCUUGUCUAAAGCUAUUGAUUUGAAAAUUGAGCAGGAGAAAACAAAACAACAGUAUUACAAAUUAGCUAACAUUGAUAAAUGCUUGGAACUGAUAAAGCUGUCCAAGGGUUAUGGGAUGCCAUCACAACAUUUGAUUCAUUUGAUCAACAAUAAUGGGUUUCUAGAUUCUUCGAUAAGUAAAAAUAAUAAAUUGAAUAAUACCGCUACAUCUACCUCAGACUCUGUCUCUACCGCGACUACUGUUGAGUCUAAUAAUAACAUGAAUAUCACACCUGUUGCAUCCAUGUUAAAGUCAACCUCCCCAUAUAAAUUUCCACCAGCAGAUCCAUUAGUAUCGAAUAAUUUCAAAAACUCUAGUAAUAUUGGCAUUAAUACCACUGAACGAAGAACUUUCCAUAGAAGAACACAUUCACCCGCCAGGAUUGGUGCAAGUGCAGUGGCGGCUUUGUCAGAUUCUAUUUCAAUAAAGGAAGAAGAAGCUUCAGAAUUCGAAUCCCCAUUAAAGAAUAAAAUAAAUAUCUCUAUAAAUAAUAAUAAUAAUAAUAAUAAUAAUAAUAAUAAUAAUAAUAAUAAUAAUAAUAAUAAUAAUAAUAAUAAUAAUAAUAAUAAUAAUAGUAAUAGUAAUGGCGAUAGUAACAUGAUUUCUCAUAAUCGCAAUAUUUCUUUACCUAUCAUGAACAAAUUUGUUACUUCAAGCAUACCGACAAAUAUGGUAUCUGUGUUAAAUUUUGAAUCUAAUAAAGAAACGCUAGUUCCAGUGAAAAAUAAUUUAAAUGGCAGUACUUAUAAUAAUAGUGGUCAAUCCGAUAAAACAAGCAACAAUAACAAUAAUAAAAAUAGUAGUAGUAAUAGUCACAAUUCCCCUGCAUAUUCAAAUACCAAUUUAUCGUUAGAAUCAAAUAACAACUGUUACUUAAAAAGACCAGUACCUUUAAGAAGUUCAAGUGGAAAUAGUGUACAGAAAAAGACACAUAGAAGAACAAAAUCUGCCACUGUGAUCCCUACUUUUGGUGUUAUAGAUUUAAAUGUUAUAGAUCAAGCUGCAUCCUUCAGUAAAAGCCCUGUCUUAUCUAAUAAUAAUAUCACCAAAGCUAAUGGUACUCCAGCUACAUCAACAACAAAUAAUGAUACCUGUAGUGAAAGUAGCAGUACUAAAGGCGUAGAUAGUCCAACUAAGGUCUCUCUUUAUCCACAGAAACAUCAAUACAAGGUUCAUCAUCCAAAUUCCCUAAACAGGCUAUUGAAUGAUUAUUAG